GACGUUGCUUAGAAACUCAGACGUCUGGAGCUAGCUAGCUAGCCAGCUAGUUUACAGUCUGGUGACUUGUUUCGCUUAAAUAUAACAAUGAUGAUGUCAACAUAGCGAAGCAUUGCUUUUGUAAUUUAACAGCACUUCGCUGGACUAAACUGUCAACUUAAAACAGACUUCCGGCUAGACAAAGCUGGGGUGUUUUGGUAACUGGUAUCGAGCCAAUUUACCUCCCAAGUCUGGUGAAAGAGAAGUCCAACCUCAACCAUGCCUCUGCUGUUUUUGGAGAGGUUUCCUUGGCCCAGUCUGCAAACCUACACAGCGCUGAGUGUGGCCCUGCUUGCUGGUAGCAUUUUCAGCGCCUACACCACUGUGACAGAUCCUGGGUAUGAGGUCUCAGAUAUGGAUGAGCCUUCACCCAUUCCCUCUGGUGUAGACAUUGAAGACCUUAGUGGUGAUACUGGGGACAAAGACUUGGCAUCCACAGUUCUGGGGUACCUUGUGGCUGACAGUCUGUUUGUAUGGGUGUUGGUCAACACAGCUUGCUGCUCUCUGAUGCUGAUCGCCAAGAUGAUCCAGUGUAUUGUGUUUGGGCCCCUCCGGGUCAGCGAGAAACAGCACCUGAAGGAUAAGUUCUGGAACUUUAUCUUCUACAAGUUCAUCUUCAUCUUUGGGGUGCUGAACGUGCAGACGGUGGAGGAGGUGGUCAUGUGGUGUCUGUGGUUUUCUGCCCUGGUCUUCCUCCACCUCAUGGUCCAGCUCUGCAAGGACCGCUUUGAAUAUCUGUCCUUCUCCCCCACCACUCCCAUGAACAGCCACGUCCGUGUCCUGGCCCUGCUGGUGUCUCUGCUGCUGGGCUGCUGUGGCCUGGCUGUGGUGUGUGGCCUGUUGGGAGCGCUCCAUGGGAUGCACACCCUCUCCUUCAUGGCUGCCGAGUGUCUAUUGGUGACUGUACGAACAGGGCAUGUCAUCAUGCGGUAUUCUAUUCACUUGUGGGAUCUGAACCACCCUGGGACCUGGGAGAGCAAGGGCACCUAUGUGUACUACACAGACUUCAUCAUGGAGCUGACUAUGCUGUCCCUGGACCUAAUGCACCACAUCCACAUGCUGCUGUUUGGGAACAUCUGGCUGUCCAUGGCCAGUCUAGUCAUCUUCAUGCAGCUGCGCUACCUCUUCCACGAGGUCCAGCGUCGCAUUCGCCGCCACAAGAACUACCUGCGCGUCAUCGACAACAUGGAGGCCAGGUUUGCAGUGGCCACAUCAGAGGAGCUCACUGCCAACAACGACGACUGUGCCAUCUGCUGGGAUGCCAUGCAGACUGCACGCAAGCUGCCCUGUGGCCAUCUCUUCCACAACUCCUGCCUACGCUCCUGGCUGGAGCAGGACACCUCGUGCCCUACUUGUCGGAUGUCCCUGAACAUCAACGGAGAUGGGGGCCAGGCACGGGCCCAGCAGCACCCAGGGGGGCCCCUGGAGGAUAACAUGGGCCCCGGAGGGCCCGCUGCAGAUGCCAGGCCACACAUCAACCAUCACAACCACUUCUUCCACUUCGAUGGAUCCCGCAUUGCCAGUUGGCUGCCCAGUUUUUCAGUUGAGGUGAUGCACACCACCAACCUCCUGGGCAUCGCUCAGGCCCACAACUCUCAGCUGAAUGCCAUGGCCCACCAGAUCCAGGAGAUGUUCCCCCAGGUGCCCUACCACCUGGUGCUGCAGGACCUGCAGCUGACCCGCUCUGUGGAGGUCACCACUGACAACAUCUUGGAGGGACGCAUCCAGGUGCCCUUCCCUACACAGCCUUCAGAACGAGCCGCACUGCAGGGUGGCCCUGCCUCAGAAGAGCCAGCUGGGGCCAGUGGAGGGGGGGAGCAUGCCAGGCCCAGCGAGCUAGACAACCUUGAGGUCAGAGGCAGCCGCUUCUCCAAGUCGGCCGAGGAGAGACAGAAGAUGUUAAUGCAGAGGAAGGAUGAACUCUUGCAGCAAGCACGCAGGAGAUACCUGAGUAAGAGCCCAGAGGAAGAAGAGGAGAACCCGCCCAGACUGGAGGACGACGGGCCUGACACCAACCUGCUCAGACACAGGACCCUGGCAGCCGCGGCAGCAGAGAGACGCAACGAAAACCACCAGGACCCAGCUCCCUGAGACCCAGCUCACGUGCCCACGCGCUCAGACCAGCCUCCAGACGCCCUCCAGAGUGGCCACCACACUCACUUUGAGAGGCCCUGAAAGAGCUAGUCCCACAUUCAAAAUGAUCCACGGAAAUACCUACACAAACGUGAUUUUUAACCAGUGUUCUGAGCAUGGCUGCAGUGGGGGGGUGGGCUGCUUUAGACUGCCUUUAGAAAGACCUGCCAGAAACAGGAGUGGCCUGUGCAUCUGAGCUUUCAUAAGGGUAUACACUACAUGGGCGUGUGUGUGUGGGCGUGUGUGUGUGUGUGUGUGGGGGGGGGGGGGGGGGGGGGGGGGGGGGGGGGGGGGGGGGGGGGGCAUGGAGAAGUAUAUGAGUAUAGAGGCUGUGGAGCUAUUUCAACACCGCCCCCUUCAUUUCAUUGUUGCACAUUGCAACCAUCAGCUUCAGUUUUAACUGUACAUCAGAGUCUUGGGACUGACUGGCUGGGGAGAAGAUUUUAUUAUAUAGUUGAAGAAAUGGAACUGGUAUUUGUUGUUGUUAUUUUCUAGAAAUCAUUUUCAACUGUGAAUUAAGAAUAGGUGAUGGUGAUGACAUGAAAACAUACAUUGUAUACUUUUAGUUCUUGGUUUUGACCAAGCGAAUGUCACUUUAGUAUUGCGGCCUCUUUGUAAAAAAAACUUUAUGAAUGUACUGAACUACAUAAUGCUGGAGUGUGAAUGUUCUGACCAAGGAGAACAUGUCCUGGUGUGGUAAGUAUCAUAUCUGCCUGUGCAAACUAUCUGGACAGACGGCAGGCUUCAAACCCACUCGACCCUUACUCACACUCACUAAGAGCAGAAAGGGGGAUCCACCAUUCGGUGUGUUAUUGGUAUCAUGUUAUCAGACUACAUUUAGUCUCCACUUUUCAGAUCAAACAGUAUUUACUGAGCACCGUGAGAAGUGUUUAGCUCAUGACAAUGUAAACUCAUACGAAUUCAGUAGAUUGUAGGGUUCUCCUACACUUCAUACAUAACCUGGUUUAUUAUCAGAAAAAUGUGCACAUCCUUGAUGUUGUUUGAUUUCCCUUGUACAGAAUGCCAAAUACCCCAUUUUGAGUUACUUUGCAUGUGUUGUGGGGAGGGUGUUUGUUUUCUUCCGCAAUAUCCCAAAGAGCAUCCCAUGGACUUCCACAACUAGCAGAUAUUUUGUGACAUGUAUCUUUAGUUUUAUUUUCUUUCAUUUAUUGUUUAAUAAUAUGUGGAAGUCCUUAUUGUGAAUUCAGAUAACUCGUUUGUUGACAAGAGAAAGUUAUAACUAAAACACAAUGUUUGUUUGAUUUGAACUAUUCAGCUAUUUGUAUUAUCAUAUCCAUUGCAUAUUUUCCUAUUCACAGCUUAUUUUUGUAACCAUUGCAUAUGUAAUCGAAUCAAAACUUUUUGGACUAAGCUUGCUUGUCUUUUUGUGCCUAAAUCACGAAUGGUUCAAAUAUGGAUUAAUCCUGUAAAUAAUGUAGUUUUUGUAAAAAAUGUACGAUUAAUACAUUGAGACUAAAUAAACAGCUUCUCUGCAGCUUUUAACGAGAA